AUGUCUUCUCUCACUCCAGAUGCCGUUGAUACAAUCCGCCAUGUGCGUGAGAUGCGCAUUGUAGAUGAGUCUACCGUGCGUUUAUUGGAGCAUCUCUUUACCUGCCCUCCUAGCGGUGAUCUUGUACAGUCACUUAUUGAAGGUAAGCAACAACUUGUUGCUGUUGCACUCUUUAAAGCAGCUAAAGAAACUCACUCAACACAUAUUCUUGGUUUUGUAUUGCGCUUCUUUGCAGAUCUUGUUUUCUCAUCUACUUCAUUAGCUGAGCAGCUUGGUGUGCAAGAUGCGGAAAAGUUAUUUGGCGAUGCACCUGCAAAGUUUUUUCUCUACAUUGCCACUAUGUAUCGUGAGGAUCGCGGUGUGUCAGACCCCGCACUCUUUCUCGCCGCCACGGCAUUGCGGUAUGGAGUGCCUGAGCAGAAUACAGAGGCACUGCAGCGAUUCUUUGCACAUGUGCGAGAAAUACUUUCCGCAGAGACGCUAGAAGUACCAGCUGUGGCAUUUGCCGUUCAAGCAUGUGCUAUUGUAGCCAGGAAAAAAUCAUUACGUCAUUAUUUCUUUGAAAACCAAAUUGUGGAAUUUCUUCCACGACUUUUAUUCGAUAUUGUUGCAAGUGAUGCGGCGAGUAUUAUUCAACUUAUUUAUGAAACCCUACUGGUUGCUUGGUUACUCUCUUAUGAGUAUAUUGGUGUAGUAGAGCUACAACGACAAAAGAUGAUUCCACACCUUCAUCGUGUUUUACAAAGACUACAAAAAGAAAAAUGUAUUCGAGUGGCACUUAUGGCACUAUGGAAUAUUGUGGAGGCUGAACGUCGUUAUAUUGCUCACGUAACAAACCCAUCCGUAGCGGAAUGGGUGAGUGCGGAAAUGUAUGAUUUGGGUCGAGCAAAUAAUGGCAAAGGCCCUGCAUUCAUAGCAGAGAUGGUUAGUGUUGGUAUGCUAAAAACACUCGCCCAACUUUCCCGCAGAAAGUUUGGCGAUGAAGAUAUUGGUGGUAUUAUUAAUGAGUUACAAUCUGUUUUGGAGCACAGUAUGGAAAAACUCACGAGUUUCUCAGAGUACCGCGGUGAAGUGCUUAGUGGAGUGCUGGAGUGGAGUCCCGUGCACACCAGUGCGAAGUUCUGGCGAGAGAACAUUAUGCAGUUUGACAGCAACGGCUAUGAGGUGCUGCAGGCAUUGGGAAAAAUUAUCAUGACAACACAUCAGGAACUUUCACUCGCGGUGGCCUGUUAUGAUUUGGGCGAAGUGGUGCGGCACCACCCGACGGGCCGCGCCCUGUUGCUUCUCCCGCAGCUCGACGGUGUGAAGGCACGCGUGAUGGGACUCAUGUCGCAUCCAAACCCAGAAGUGGCGAAGAAUGCACUACUCGCAGUGCAGAAGAUUAUGGUGCAACGAUGGGAGUAUAUACAAGAACAACAAUAG